CUAUGUUUACUUCCUUUCCACAUCAAGAAACCUUCUUAUCUCUCUUUUCUUUUAUUCAAAACCCUUGUUCUUGUUUGAUUCCUUCCUUUUCUGCCUCUUCAAAUCUCUUCAAACUGACAAAUAAAGGAAUCAAAAUCAUUGAUUUUUAGUUAUUCAAUUCAAAUCUUGGUGCUUUUUCCCUUUAAAAAAGUUCCUUCUUUUUGACAUAUUCUUCAUGAUUCCUUAAUUUUCUCUUCUCUGGUGUUCCUCAUCUCAAAAACUGAAAACCCAGCUACAUGAUUGAUUUUUAGUGCAAAUUUCAAUCUGGGUUUUUGAUACAUUAGGGUUUAUACCUUACCCAUUACAAAAAGUUUCAAAUUUUCUUGAAAAAAAUCUUGGGGUUUUAAUGGCUGCUGAAGAACUGAUUGAAGUCAAGUUCAGGUUACCUGAUGGCAGUGAUAUUGGACCAAGCAAAUACAGUUCUACAACCACUGUGGCAGAUCUCAAAGAGAAAAUAGUUUCACUGUGGCCCCAUGAAAGAGACAACGUGCCGAAAACAGUAAACGAUAUGAAGCUGAUCCACGCCGGAAAGAUACUGGAGAACAACAAAACACUCGCUGAAUCCCGGUCUCUGGUCAGUGAAAUUCCUGGAGGUGUGAUCGUGAUGCAUGUUGUUGUUCGUCCUCCAAUGGCAGACAAAAACAGCGAGAAGUCGCAAAAUGCCCCCGAAAAGAAUAGCUGUUUCUGCACAAUUCUGUGAUCCAAGUGGGAAUUUGACCAAAAGUGUUUGCAGGCAACUUUAUACAUUCGCAGAUGUUUGUUUAUGCAGAUCUCAUGAGCUGUUUGGUCAAGCUGCUGCCUGAUUAUGGGUGGAAACUCUCUUGAAUCUUGAACAGGAAAUCAAAUUUGAUUGUAUGUUGUAAUAUUUAUAUAUAUAUAAACUUUGUAGAUCAAUUAGAACAAUGCCAAAAGAAAUCAUUUUGAGUUUGAAUUAUUUCAAUGUGAUGUUUAAGCAGCUAUUUAAAA